CCUCCCCGCCGCCCCCACCCCGCGCCCGCCUCCCGCCCCCGCCCGCGGCCUGCAGCACGCCUCCCUCACCGCCCAGGCUCCGGAGAGCCGCUCCGGCCGAGCCGUGGGAGCCACGGACAGCGCCAGCUGCCGCUGCGGGAGCUACUCCGGCUGCACCAUGCGGGAGCUGGCCAUCGAGAUCGGGGUGCGAGUCCUUCUCUUCGGGGUCUUCGUUUUUACAGAAUUUUUGGAUCCAUUCCAGAGAGUCAUCCAGCCGGAAGAGAUCUGGCUCUAUAAAAAUCCUUUGGUGCAGUCAGACAACAUACCUACCCGCCUCAUGUUUGCAAUUUCUUUCCUCACACCCCUGGCUGUUAUUUGCGUGGUGAAAAUUAUCCGGCGGACAGACAAGACUGAAAUUAAGGAAGCCUUCUUAGCAGUGUCCUUGGCUCUUGCUUUGAAUGGAGUCUGCACAAACACUAUUAAACUAAUAGUGGGAAGACCUCGCCCCGAUUUCUUUUACCGCUGCUUUCCAGAUGGGGUGAUGAAUUCGGAUAUGCGCUGCACAGGUGACCCUGACCUGGUGUCGGAGGGCCGCAAAAGCUUCCCCAGCAUCCAUUCCUCCUUUGCCUUCUCGGGCCUCGGUUUCACAACAUUCUACCUGGCUGGCAAGCUGCACUGCUUCACGGAGAGUGGGCGGGGGAAGAGCUGGAGGCUCUGUGCUGCCAUCUUGCCCUUGUACUGUGCCAUGAUGAUCGCCCUGUCCCGCAUGUGUGACUACAAGCAUCAUUGGCAAGAUUCUUUUGUUGGAGGAGUGAUUGGCCUUAUUUUUGCCUAUAUUUGCUACAGACAGCAUUAUCCUCCUCUGGCCAACACAGCAUGCCACAAACCAUAUGUCAGCCUCCGAGUGCCCACUUCACUGAAGAAGGAAGAGAGGCCUACAGCCGACAGUGCACCCAGCUUGCCCCUGGAGGGGAUCACCGAGGGCCCCGUAUGAUGGGUGUCUAGGGAGAAUGGACACUGAGCCCCUGGCACAUUCUUCUAUUCUGAUGUCAUAACACAGUGGAAAGGAUUUCCUGUAAUGUGAUUCUCAUCAGCUACUCUAAAGUCCCCUCCGCUUCCGUUCUGUGGAUGGUGUUCUUGCCACUCUCCAUGUCUCCUUUCAACACUUUGGAUUUGUAAAGUUGGGACACCAGGACCAGUCUCUGAGAGACCCAUGCACAAGGAAGGAGGAUUCAAGGGUGGGGUGGGCAUGCUAGCUCCUCCAGUGAUUCCUUUACCUGAGGUGUUUGCUGUAGUGCCCACCCUCCUCCGUGUUCAUGUUGUAAAACAUAAUAAAGUCUCCCACCCAGAA